AUGUCUGUGAUCCCGCUGUUGCUAAUACUUUUCUGCGGAUCCGCGUUCUCCACGGAAUCAAACGAAAACAAACAAAGUAAACGUGGUAUUCUUAACACCGGUGGAUGGAUUGGUUUACCAAGUCCCCAUGGAUACGGCCACGGACUCCCAUGGGUGGCCGAUCACGGUUGGAAAGGACUAAAGUUUCCAGCUUUCGAUCUAGCCCACGCAGGAUCAUACGGCGGUAUACCGUAUGGUAGAGCACCAGCCAUUUCUGUAAAAACGGUUCCAGUGUACAUAACAAAGCACGUAGUCUUAGAAAAGCCAGUUCCGGUUCCUGAGCCAGUCAUCAUCGAAAAACCAUUCCAUAUACCGGUGGAGAAGGUGAUACCUGUUCCGGUCGAGAAGAUCAUUCAUAAACCAAUCCCGGUUCCGUAUCCAGUGCCCGAGGCAGUUCCGAUUCCGGUGGAACGACCGGUGCCGAUACCUGUAAAACACCCUGUAGCCGUGCCAGUACAACAACCGUAUCCGGUUCCGGUGAAGCAGGCGUUCCCAGUACCGGUUCCGGUUCCAGUUCCGAUCGCAGUGCCGCCGCCAAUUUCCCUGUACGGUCCUGCCCCGUUCCCAGCGGGAGCUAUUUACGCUCGGGGUUAUGGCGGCGGUCCCUUUUACCAAGCAAUUCACGGUGGCCACUUCCCAGGAGCCCUGGUCCACGGCAUUGGCCAUGGAUUUGGUCAUGGAUUCGGCCAUGGGUUUAGUCAUGGAUUUGGCCACGGAUAUGGUCAUGAAUUCGGCCACGGACACGGUCAUGGCUACGGCCACGGUUAUGCACACGGUUUCGGGUAUCCUCAUCUUUCCCAUGUUCAUAUUCACGAUCAGGGGCAUGGACACGAUCACAAGAAACGAAGCAAAGAUUGA